AUUUUCUGGGUGUGAUAUCUGAAUUAAACAUUAGAUAUACCUAAGGAAUGGUUACAUAUGCGUACUGUUGAGUGUUUGCAGCUACUGAGACGCGCAUGGACACAAACACCACAAGAAACAACAUUAAAAGAAGGGCUAUUAAGGCUGCAAAGUCAGUUGCUCAGAAAGCAUGAAGUGCUGGAAUUAUGACCAUCUGAGCAAUCCUAUUUCUUGCUUUCUUUCUGCUUAUGUAUCAUAACCCAGUUUUUAAUUACAUGGUAACAUUUAUUUAUGUUUUUCUAUAGGGCACCUCAGUCAGUGCUCAGGACGGGCAGCAUAGGCUCUGUAAGAAAGUAAUAUUUCCCAGUUCAAUGCACACCUUUUUUACCAUAUGUUGGCCAGCCCCACCUCUGAAGGAGUGUCCUGUGAAGCUCAUCGCCAUCACAUGAGUGCUUCAUGACAGUUUUCACCCCUGAGAUGUGACACGGGAUAAAAUAAAGCUAUAAAAGCAGAACACCUUUUUCCUAUUAUGGGCUCUUCCACUGGAAAUGCCAAGGCACUCAGCUCAGUACAUUUUUUGUAGGUUUAAGUACAGUUCCCAUUGGCUUUGGUCACAGCUGUGGAUACUCAGUCCUGCCAAGGCCCUUUGCUCAGAAAGAAAAGAGCAUGCAAAUAAUGGUCAUUAGCUUUAAAUGCGGGUUGAAGUGAUUUGCCUGGAAUUUUGUGACUGAAGCCCAUAUUGAAAUCAGUUUCCCACAUAGCCUUCAACUGCUUCAACCAUUACACCUUAAUUUCACUUCUUGUAAUCUUCUGGCUCACUCACUUUAUAGCUUCCAACUUUUGCAACAGCCGAAGCAGGGAUCCAGCAGACACUAAUCUCCUUUGCAACACGAUGCCAGGCUUUUAAUUUUUUUUUAGACUGAUAUCCAUUUGGGCCAUCAGCAUGGGUGGGAUGUUUGGUGCUCAGCUCUGCAUUAAGUAGCUGCAGUGAACUGAUCUCCUCCAGUGAGCACUCAAUUAAGUAGAGUGCUGUGUCUGAAUAUGCUAAGUCUCCUGUCCAGGGAACGCCAUCAGUCUCGGGGUCCCCCCAGCACUGUUGUCUGUUCUAGCCUCAUAGCUUGUCCAGAGCCAGUUCUGUCCCACUGCCCACAAAUCCCUUCUGGAUGUCUUCAUCUCCCCUACCUCACCUGUCUGCCUCUCCAAUUCCCAAGCUUUCCUUGCCUGCCUAGCCAGCUCUUUCUUUAGCUGUCAGCCCCAGACUUCCCAUUCAGAGUUGUGCUCCCUGUAGGUAGUUCUCAGUUUUAGUUUAUUCCUGUAUUUCCUCUGGGCUUUUUGUGCCAGUUUGCUCCCAACCCUGGUAAAGCAGUAGUCCUGUCUCCUGAGUACUUGUCCUUUACUUUUGGUGGUUCUUUUGUCAGGACUUGUACUGGAACAGAGGUGGGCUGAUGGUCCCCUGAGGCAGAUGACAGCCCCACUCUAUCAAGCAGUCUGUUGAUGAGCCAUUAAUUCCAUACCUCCCACUGUCCGCUGAUGAGAGCCUAUUUCUGCAGUGCUGUCUGGCUGCCGUGAGUGAGAUCUGAGGUCGCUCUCAAACCUGCUUCUCUCAUCCUCUUAAAUAUGUAACUUGGCUGCCAAGUCAUGGAUAUGUACUUGGCAGCCUGCAAUAGCAACUGGAAACACAACACACACAAUAUGAUUGUCAAAAAAAAAAAAAAAAAAAAUGGGGUGGGGGGGGUGACUGCAGAGAACAGAGUCAGCUGAAUUUUCAGGAUGAUUUGAGAUUCUUGCUUAGCUAUUCAUGGACUAAUUUUGUUAGCAUGGAUAAGCCUUUAAAGAGUACCUACAGGAGAAAAGAUGCAGUGUCUGGACAGCUGUGGCAAUGGGGGGCAGCUAGGGACAGGAAGCAGAUUGUUUCAUGGAAAUUCUCUUCCCUCACAUUGUAUUGUCCCUGUGCUGUUCCAUGUGCUCACGAACAUCUUAGUGCUGCUUUCAGGAGUAUUUUCCAUAGCUAGAAACUAUCACAAAAAAGAAUGAGGCCACCUGUAAGAGCUGAAAGCAUAGGAAAUGUUAUUUCUGUCUUACAGAGCUGACCUGUCUAGAAGUCUUAGGUCAGGUAUUUUCAUUGCUUCCAAGUACAUACUUAGUGUAGCUGUACCGGGAAAAUUUUCAUAGACUGACUGGUUUUCACUUCAUAGCUGAUCUGAUCUACUGAGAGCUGUGCUCCUGCCCCUUUACCUUUAUCUGCAUCUCCUCUGGCCCUCUCUGACUGCACUGAACCAAAGAAAACUUCUCGUUUAUUUUUGCUGGAUUACUUUUUUGACAGUUUAGGGAGCCGCCUUGCUGUGGGGUCUGAGAAGGUAUAGAAUAAACACAAAGAUAAAUGACGGGAAAAGUUAGAUAGGAGCAAGAAUGCCUCUCCCAUCAACAACGAGCUUUUAGGAUGGCUUAGCUGUAACACAAAACCUCACCCUUCUUGGGGACACAAAACCUCACCCUUCUUGGGGACUUGCCUUCUACCAGCAGGAAGUACUUUUGUUGAUAUAACUCAUACCAAUUUUGGGUGCUAGCUAAGCAGUACCAGUUAUACACAAUACUUUUCCACUGUGAAUAUCUAGUAUGAGAGAUUUUCUCCUUGCCCAGCAGUGCUUCAAAGAAUCCCAAAGAUCAAAAACCCUCCCUCAAAACCAUGACCUUAAGCGUCCUGCCUUACCGUAUGGGAAUUAUUUGCAGGGGGAACUCACAAAUCUGGAGCUGCCUGCUUGCACAGGGACUUGAGACAUGUCACUGGAGACUUGUGACUUAGCAGAUACACUUUUAUAUCUUGUAAAGGCCCAAGCUAAAGGAUGUGUAAUGCUCCAGGUGUUGUACAGACAUCCAUGCCCACAACGGGGGAGAAUGGGUGCCAUCCUGUGCCAGUGAUCAGGAGCACCUCUGCAGCUCGCUGCCUUCAAAGGACACUGUAGGCCCAAACGAGCAGCCACUGAGGUGGCACUGCACAGGAAACACUACAUUUCUCUGUUUUGACUGAAAAGUUACCCAGGGAAGAUGCUUGGUGAGAAGGAGCUGAGCAUGUGGACCUUGAGUCCCCGUGCACGGAGCAGGCCGGAGGGCACUUUGUGUGCUGGGAUCUGCAGCUCCCAGGGGACGGCCGGGUGUUACCGGGACGCUGCUGUAAACAGAGCCAGCCUGAGCGCCCCGGCCACAUCCCAGGCAAGCGCCAUGAUCUCGACAAUAAAACUAACUUCAGGUGUGUGGUACUGGAAAGAUGAUACUAAUACACUUGAAUUUGCAAGCUCCAGUCCAACAUCUCAGGAAAACCUUAAGGAAGGAAAAAAUACUUGCUUUCGGGAAAUAUGUGUCAAGACAUUAAAGAGCAUCUUCCAACAUGAAUGCAGCGCAACGCUCCCUGAAAAAAGGCUGGCUGACAAAGAGGAAAAAAUCCAUAAGCUGUCAAAGUGGGUACAACAUGAAUAUGUGACGUUGGAUGAUGUCAAAUAUGUUGCUUUACUUUUGAAAGAAGAAGAAAAAAAGUCAGAGCGCAUGCUACCUUUUGCAGCAGUUAUGGGGAAUAAGAAACUAGAUGAGUUCCUCAUGGCCCUCCUUUUCUACUUAUCUUUUUACCUUGAAAAAAUUGCCCUGGAAAAGGAAACCACAUCCUUGAUCUCGACUAUGAUUUUUCUGGAGAAUAAAGAAAUGGACGAUGUGUUGGCGAAGUUAGCAGUGGCCAGGAUUCACCUUGCCAAAGUUUACAGUAACUUUAUCCUUGGAAGAGGCAUGGCACAGCAGAGCCACUCACCUAGUGGAAAGAGAACAAUAUUACAGAAAGAUCGGGACUUCUUUGAGGGCUUCUACAAAUUCUGCAGCUAUGUGGCUUGGCUUGUGUUCAGACAGAAGCACUUCCAAGUGAUUCGGGAAGAAAUCGGCAGGCUUCUUUGCUCUGACAUGUUCAAUCCCACCUUAAGAGACAGGAGCAAUGUUUUCUUGCAGGAAGCAGGCAAGAGGACUGCAGAUGCAGAUGCAGUGAGAUUGCCAUGUCAGAGACAAGCCCAUGCCAAGCAUCCACCCAUAAACAGCAUGGUUCACCAGCGCUCGCCCAUGCUCAGCACGCUGCUGCCCUUGCCAAAGGAGAGCGCUCAUUACCUCUCCCAGAACCACUACUGUCGGGGCAGGGACCCGCGCCCCUGCUCGUGUGACAACCUGCCGGACUUCUCAGAGCUGUUUGCUACCAAGGUGGGCAUCAUUGGAGCUCACUGUAGUGAGUUAAAUUCCUGUAUGCUCAAGUCUGACGGGGCGAUGGAGGAGGACGAACAAGAACAAGAACAAGAACAUGGAAGACAGAGGAGUUGUUCCUCUGUCCUGACAAAUGGCCUGAAUCUGCCACCUCUGUGAAGCCCCCAAAACAGGCUUAGUAGUGAGAGUGCUGUAUUCUCAAAAGCAAUGGCAGAAGAUGAUUGUAAUCAGAGCAUCUAGCAGAAGUGGUAUCUGCUUUCAUUGAGUGGCAUAAUUUCAUAUUGCUAAGUAAAUAAUUUGGAAAUUGCAGAUUAAAAAGCCAAAAUCAUUUGUCAGAAGUGGGGUAGUUUUGCACACAAGGAUCUGUACUGGGUGACUGAAGAACUGGCCUGUAAUUCCUGGUUCUGUCACUAACUAUUCCUCUUUCAUCUUAGUGCUUUCAUUGCACCAUUUCUGAGAAGACUAUUUUAAUGACUUAUUUUGGGAAGUGCUUUGACACCCGCAGAUGAAUAUGAUUAUUGAUUUUAACGUCAACCCUCUUUUUCUAUAGGGUUAGCAAAGUAAUCAGUAGACAGGACUUGCUAUAGAUGAAAAGCUUCUGGAAUUGUACGUUUAAAGGAAGUUACUCUUGAAUCUUUAAUAUAUAGUUUAAUCCUUUUUUGAUUUCAAUCAUCUCUCAUUUUGUUCUCAGAUAAUGGUAGACUAAUUUAUGGUUCAUUGUGAAAAGAGUAUUGCAAAGUGGAAUGCUGUUUUUUAAGAUAUCUAUUAACUUGCAUUUUUUUUUUAAUUAUAUAAUAUUAUUUUUAUCACUGAUUUUACAUGAUUGGAAAAGCAAAUCUUAGAAGUUCAAAAUCAAAAUAUGCAGCUGGGUUGUCAAUAUCUUGAAGCAUAAUGCAUUCAUGAUAAGAAAUCAUGUAUCACUUUACCUACAAGACUAAAUAUCUGUGCUAAUCAUUAGCAUCAGGAGGAAAAUUUAGGAUGAAAUCCUGGCCUUUGCACAGUCAAUAAGAAUCAAUGAAAAAUAAUGGAUGAUUAAAAAGUGAAAGAAAAGCGGAGAGGUAAUAUUUUCAGCAUUUUUAGAAGUUUGCUGCAUCAGUGAUGGUUUGGAAGUUUUUCAGUGCAAUACAUUUCUGCUAGAUAAA